CUUCUGGAUCCCGGUUUCUCUUUUUAAUUUGCACUUUUGAAACCCCCUCAGAUGCUCCUCCAUGUGGACUGAGAACCCGUCAAGGCACACACACGAGAACUCAUACCGAUCAACUCCAAAUCCUGGCUUUCGUGGGUUUUGCUGCAACACCUAAAAACAAACUUGUAUUUAAGACACACUCGUGCAAAAAUUUAGCCGGGGACUUGAACGUGUAUUUUUGACUUGGUUUCUUGGUCUUAUUUUUAUUUUUCCUUUUUUUUGCUUCACUGGAAAUCAAAAGCUUGAUUUGGAAUUGGACCUGCUUUUGCUGCACUUCUUCUCUGGGCUGGAUAACACUGAAGCUCUUUGCUUUUCUACUUGGAUAGCGUUUUCCUGUUGAUCUAUUGGUUUUUUUUUUCCUUGUGUGUGGCAAAUUUUUAGAUUUUUUUUGAGGGGGUUAAACGACAGCAACAAAAAAAAAUUUUUUUUUUGGCCGUGUGAGAUUUUUUCGUAUUCAGAUUCGUGAAAUUACGGGUACACUUACAAAAACUUAAAGCAUUCGAAUAAGAAAGGAUACACGUCAGAAAGACCCCUACACGGUAGACAAAAUACUUGUUUCCUUACAGCAAGACUGAAUCGAAAGCUGCCAAAGAGCCCCAUAAAGGAAAGACUAAAAGGGAGAAAGAACAAGAAACACAAGAAGAGGAACAUUUGAUGGAAGAAAAGAAAAAGAAAAAGCAGGAAGAAAAGAAAAAGAAGGAAGGUGCUCAGAAAAAGGCUGCUGAACAAAAAACCAAAGUGCCAGAACCUAUUAAGACCAGUUUAAGCCAGCCCCAACCUGCCGGUACCGGUACCAGUACUUCCACCAGCACUAUUACCAACAGCAGCAAUGGCAAGCGUGCGUCUGCAAAUGGGCAGCAGCCAACUGCAUCCCGUUACCUGCCUCGUGAGGUGCCUCCACGCUUCCGCCAGCAAGAACAGAAGCAGCUCCUAAAGCGGGGCCAGCCACUGCCCGCCGGGACUCUGACCGGCACCAGCCCAGUGCAAGGAACUGGCCAAGCAGGGGCAAGUCCUCCUCCGCAGCAAGGAGCAGGUGGACAGCAUCAUCCCAGUAAGACCCAAACAGAUCUCAGCCACAGUGGAUUGGGAGACCAUUAUGAGAAUUCCCACUGGGGACAGCAGCCCGCUUUCAGGAGUGAAGGCAACUGCAGCUGGGAUAAAGUGAUAAUAGACAGGACUGACAAGGAAGCGUGGCCUUCCAUUACCGGAGCUGAGACUGAGUCUGCCUCAGAAUGUACUACAGACACUGACUCUGCCUCCAACUGUGGCUCAGAGAACAGUAGCAUGGCUACAGGGAGUGCCCAAGGCAACUUCACUGGACAUACAAAGAAAACUAAUGGCAAUAAUGGCGCCAACGGAGCACUCGUCCAAAGCACUUCUAACCAGAGUGCCCUUGGAGCUGGUGGAGCAAACGGUAACGGCAGCUCGGCCAGAGUGUGGGGGGUGGCUGCUGGCUCCAGCUCUGGCCUAGCUCACUGCUCUGCCAGUGCUGGGGAUGGAAAGAUGGACAACAUGAUGGGAGAUGGUAGAAGUCAGAACUGUUGGGGUGCUUCCAACUCGAAUGCUGGCAUUAAUCUUAACCUUAACCCUAAUGCCAAUCCAGCUGCCUGGCCUGUACUUGGACAUGAAGGAACUGUGGGAGCAGGCAACCCUUCCAGUAUUUGCAGUCCAGUCAGUGCCAUAGGUCAGAACAUGGGCAACCAGAAUGGGAACCCAACAGGCACCUUAGGUGCCUGGGGAAACUUGCUGCCGCAAGAGAGCACAGAACCACAAACGUCCACUUCUCAGAAUGUGUCUUUCAGCGUACAACCUCAGAACCUUAACACUGAUGGACCAAAUAACACUAACCCCAUGAACUCUUCACCAAACCCUAUCAAUGCAAUGCAGACAAAUGGACUGCCGAACUGGGGGAUGGCUGUUGGUAUGGGGGCCAUCAUCCCGCCCCACCUGCAAGGCCUUCCUGGUGCUAACGGAACAUCAGUUUCUCAAGUCAGCGGGGGCAGUGGUGAAGGAAUGGGCAGUUCAGUGUGGGGGAUGUCCCCAGCUAAUCCUGCCACAGGAAACAGCAAUUCUGGGUUCAGUCAGGGGAAUGGAGACACUGUGAACUCAGCAUUAAGUGCUAAACAAAAUGGAUCCAGCAGUGCUGUGCAAAAGGAGGGAAACGGAGCGAGCGCGUGGGAUUCGGGACCUCCUUCUGGUCCUGGGGUACUAGCAUGGGGAAGGGGUGGUGGCAACAGCGGUGUUGGUAGUAUGCAUUCUGGAGCGUGGGGCCACCCCAACCGGAACACCAGUAAUGGUGUGAAUGGGGAAUGGGGCAAGCCCCCAAACCAGCAUUCCAAUAGCGACGUCAACGGGAAAGGAUCAACAGGGUGGGAUAGUUCUAGUGUUACCAGUCCGAAUCCUGCCAUGCAGCAGGGCAAUGAACAAAUAAACUCUUGGGCCAAAGCUGCAGCAUCUGGCACCACAGCUAGUGAAGGAAGUAAUGACAGCAGUGGGAGUCAAAAUGAAGGCAGUACUGGAAGGGAGGGGGCUGGAGAGGGCAGGAGGAGAGACAAAGGGAUGAUAGACCAAGGGCAAGUUCAGUUGCCAAGAAAUGACCUUGACCCCAGGGUCCUGUCCAAUACAGGGUGGGGACAGACCCCUGUAAAGCAAAACACUGCCUGGGAAUUUGAAGAGUCCCCAAGGUCUGAACGAAAGAAUGACAAUGGAACAGAGGCCUGGGGUUGUGCAGCUACUCAAUCUUCAAACUCAGGGGGGAAGAAUGAUGGGUCCAUCAUGAACAGUACAAAUACCUCUUCAGUAUCUGGGUGGGUCAACUCUCCACCGGCAGCUGUUCCAACAAAUACAGGUUGGGGAGACAAUAACAACAAAGCACCAAAUGGCCCAGGGGGAUGGGGAGAGUCAGCAAGCUCUACUACUGUUAAUAAUGCUGCUGCUGCCAAAAGCGGCCACGCUUGGAGUGGGACCGCAAAUCAGGAGGACAAAUCACCUACCUGGGGUGAACCUCAGAAACCCAAAUCUCAAAACUGGGGAGAUGGACAGAAAUCAAAUCCAAGCUGGACUUCAGGAGGUGGAGAUUGGACAGAUUCAUCAUCUGUUCCUGGACACUUGGGUGAUGGGAAGAAGAAUGGAUCUGGAUGGGAUUCUGACAAUAGAUCAGGGUCUGGUUGGAAUGAUUCCACAAGGUCUGGGACCAGCGGGUGGGGAAAUGGCACAAACAGCAAGGCUAAUACAGGUACAAGUUGGGGGGAAUCUUUAAAGCCAAGCCCCCAACAAAACUGGGCUAAUAAACCCCAGGACAACAAUGUAAGUAACUGGGGAGGAGCUGCUUCUGUCAAACAGACGGGGUCAGGGUGGGUUGGUGGGCCAGUGCCAGCCAAACAAAAAGAGAACUGUGAGGCAACUGGCUGGGAAGAACCAUCCCCACCGUCCAUUCGCCGCAAGAUGGAAAUCGAUGAUGGUACCUCAGCUUGGGGCGACCCAAAUUACAACAACAACAAGACUGUAAACAUGUGGGAUAGAAAUAAUCCUAUAAUUCAGAGCAGUACCACAACCAAUACCACCACCACUAGCACCAUUAUCAACACCAACAUGGUUGAACCUCAGCCAUCGCACCAGUCAAGUGCCCAGCCGAACCGGUCCCCGCUGCUUGGUCCAGCAGGCUGGGGAGAAAUGCCUGCUGUCCACACAAAGACCGAAGCUUCUUGGGGAGAGCCGUCAUCCCCUUCUGCUGCAGUUGAUAAUGGCACUUCAGCAUGGGGGAAACCCCCCAGCAGUGGUACAGGGUGGGGAGAUAAUCCUGCCGAGUCGGCAGGGACAUACGGAAGAACAAAUGCUCCAGCUGCUGCCCCAGCACUGUGCAAACCAGCUUCAAAAUCUAUGCAAGAAGGCUGGGGCAGUGGUGGGGAUGAAGUGAAUCUCAGUACUAGUCAGUGGGAAGAUGAAGAAGGAGAUAUGUGGAAUAAUACUGCUUCACAAGAGAGCAGCUCCUCCUGUAAUUCCUGGGGGAAUGCCCCGAAGAAAGGACUUCAAAAGCCCAAAACAAAUCCACGCUUGUCCCUUGGUACUUUCUGGAGAACUGAAAGGAAGAGACUUCUUAAGGAUUUUGUGAUAGAAAAGCUGCACAGAGAUCUUUUAAAGGGCAUGAAGACAUCUAGCAAGCAAGAUGAGGCCUGGAUCAUGAACCGUCUGAUAAAACAGCUCACAGACAUGGGCUUCCCUAGAGAGCCAGCAGAAGAGGCCUUGAAGAGCAACAAUAUGAAUCUCGAUCAGGCCAUGAGUGCUCUGCUGGAAAAGAAGGUGGAAAUGGACAAGCGUGGAAUGGGAGUGACCGACUAUAAUGGAAUGGUCACCAAACCCCUUGGCUGCCGCCCACCACCAAUCUCCAAAGAGUCUUCCAUGGACCGCCCCACCUUCCUUGACAAGGAUGGCGGCCUAGUGGAAGAGCCCACUACUUCACCAUUUUUGCCUUCACCAAGCCUGAAGCUCCCCCUUUCAAACAGUGCACUCCCUAAUCAGACCCUGGGCGGGAUUGCCUCAGGGCUGGGCAUGCAAAACUUGAAUUCUUCUAGACAGAUACCGAGUGGCAAUCUGGGUAUGUUUGGCAAUAGCGGAGCAGCACAAGCCAGGACCAUGCAACAGCCGCAGCAACCGCCAGUGCAACCUCUUAAUUCAUCCCAGCCUAGUCUUCGUGCUCAAGUGCCUCAGUUUCUAUCCCCUCAGGUUCAAGCACAGCUUUUGCAGUUUGCAGCAAAAAACAUUGGUCUCAGCCCUGCACAGUUAACCUCGCCAAUUAAUAAUCCUCAGCAUAUGACGAUGUUGAACCAGCUCUAUCAGCUGCAGCUGGCGUACCAACGUUUACAAAUCCAGCAGCAGAUGUUACAGGCUCAGCGUAACGUUUCCGGACCCAUGAGACAACAGGAGCAGCAAGUUGCACGUACAAUCAAUAACAUGCAGCAGCAGAUCCAGCAGCACCAGCGCCAGCUGGCCCAGGCCCUGCUUAUGAAGCAGCAGCCUCCCCCUCCACAUCUAUCUUUGCACCCCUCUGCAGGCAAAUCAGCCAUGGAUAGCUUUUCACCCCAUCCCCAGGCUCCCAGCCUACCUGACCUGCAGACCAAAGAGCAACAGUCUUCACCGAACACCUUUGCUCCUUACCCUCUUGCUGGACUGAACCCGAACAUGAAUGUAAAUAACAUGGACAUUACUGGUGGUUUGUCAGUGAAGGACACUUCUCAGUCCCAGUCUCGCCUUCCUCAGUGGACACACCCCAACUCAAUGGAUAAUCUGUCUAGUGCUGCUUCUUCGCUUGACCAGAACUCCAGCAAGCACGGUGCUAUACCUGGAGGUUUAAGUAUUGGUCCUCCGGGAAAGUCCUCCAUUGAUGACUCUUACAGCCGGUAUGAUCUGAUGCAGAACAGUGAAUCACCCGCCAGUCCACCCGUAGCUGUUCCUCACAGCUGGUCACGUGCCAAAACUGAUAGUGAUAAAAUCUCCAAUGGCUCCAGCAUAAACUGGCCACCAGAGUUUCAUCCAGGAGUGCCAUGGAAAGGACUGCAGAAUAUUGAUCCUGAAAAUGACCCUGAUGUUACUCCUGGAAGUGUUCCAACUGGGCCUACCAUAAACACCACAAUACAGGAUGUUAAUCGCUAUCUUCUCAAGAGUGGAGGGUCAUCCCCAACAUCAUCUCAGAAUGCCACGCUGCCUUCAUCGAGUGCCUGGCCGCUUAGUGCCUCCGGCUACAGUAGCUCUUUCAGCAGCAUUGCAUCUGCACCUAGCAUUGCAGGUAAAUUGUCAGACAUCAAGUCUACAUGGUCCUCUGGCCCAAUCUCUCACACACAAGCCUCUCUAUCCCAUGAACUAUGGAAGGUACCCAGAAACACUACUGCUCCUACAAGACCACCUCCGGGCUUAACAAAUACCAAGCCAUCAUCGACAUGGGGUGCCAGUCCCCUGGGCUGGACCAGCUCUUACUCCUCGGGUUCUGCAUGGAGUACUGACAGCUCAGGGAGAACAAGCAGCUGGCUGGUUCUUCGAAACCUCACACCCCAGAUUGAUGGUUCCACACUGCGGACACUGUGCUUGCAACAUGGUCCUCUAAUAACAUUCCACUUGAACCUGACACAAGGGAAUGCUGUGGUCCGCUACAGUUCCAAGGAGGAAGCAGCCAAGGCCCAGAAGUCUCUGCAUAUGUGUGUCCUGGGAAACACUACUAUCCUGGCCGAGUUUGCUGGUGAGGAAGAAGUCAACCGUUUCUUAGCACAAGGCCAGGCGCUGCCGCCCACCUCCAGCUGGCAGUCCAACACUGGAACCAACCAGACCCGCCUAGGCUCCUCCAGCAGCUCCCAUGGCUUGGUGCGCAACGACGCCGGGCACUGGAACACUCCCUGCCUGGGGGGCAAGGGGAGCAGCGACCUGCUCUGGGGUGGGGUGCCCCAGUACUCCAGCAGCCUUUGGGGACCCCCGAGCACCGACGACGGCAGAGUUAUCGGCAGCCCGACACCUUUGAAUACUCUUCUUCCGGGUGAUCUUCUCAGUGGGGAGUCCAUCUAGGAAACAAGAGAAACAAAAUGGAAAAUAACAAUCAUCAGCACUAAAGGAAAAAUAAAAUUGUAACCCUUUCCAGUCCCGGGCUUGAUGAAGAAUCCAGCUUUAACAGAUCAGACUGGCAGCCCUUUUUAGUACCUCUGUCCAAUAUCGACUAUGAAACUGCAGAAGUCCUUGUGAACUGUUCAUGAAACAGUAUGGGCUACUUUUGGUCAGUGUCACAUGCUAAUGACAGGUUUUAUUGUUUUUUGUUUUCAUGGCUUUUUGUUUUAUGUUGUCUUUUUAUGUUUGUAUGGUGAUUUUUUCAAAACGAAGUAUAAAAGCUGCUUAGAAUAGGUCUAUCAUGAAGGGCACUUUUCAGAAUUUGGGCUGGAAAGGGUUAUUUUAUCAA